CAAACCAAAAACUCCCCAUCUUACAACUACAACUAACCAACACCAUAAAAAAGGGAAAAAAAAAAGAAAAAAAAAAAAAAACGGUCGUCCUCAUGGACUAUCGACGGCAACGAUGCGCCAUUUCUUUUCUUACUUGAUACCCUUUUCGAUUCUGUUUUGGACCGUUGUUCUUGCUUCCGACUACUACGAACAAUUAAUUCUCAAGCCGCUGCCUCAAUCUACCGUCCUCGCCAGCUUCAACUUUAGAUCCAAUACAACCUUGUCGCAAUUCGAAGCGCACAACUUCCGAUACUUCCCUCGAUCUUUAGGACAGAUAUUACAACAUGUUGGAACACGAGAGCUGCAUCUAAGGUUCAGUUUGGGAAGAUGGGACGCCGAGAGCUGGGGAGCGAGGCCGUGGGAUGGCACGAAAGAAGGCGGAACAGGUGUCGAGCUAUGGGCAUGGAUCGAAGCAGACACUGACGAAGAGGCCAGCCGCAAAUGGUUGAGUCUAACAAACGCAUUAUCCGGCCUUUUUUGUGCUUCGCUGAACUUCAUCGACGAGACGAGAACAACUCGGCCCGUCAUGUCCUUCCAACCCGAAGGAGAUCACUCAAACACCACCUUAGCUAACAUGCAAUUAUUACAUGGUGUACUGCCGAGGGAGGUAGUUUGUACAGAAAACUUAACCCCUUUUUUGAAGUUAUUGCCUUGCAAGGGGAAGGCUGGAAUAUCGACUCUACUUGACGGUCACAAACUCUUCGACGCAUCGUGGCAAAGCAUGGCCAUUGAUAUUCGACCUAUAUGUCCGGAUGGCCAAGAGUGCGUGCUGCAGAUUGAGCAAACGAUCGAUAUGGUCUUGGACAUCGAAAGGUCUAAACGCCCUAGAGAUAAUCCCAUCCCCCGACCUCUUCCGGCCCAUGAGUUAAAAUGUAACACGUCAAAACCAUAUCAUUCUGAUGAUACCUGCUUUCCCACCGACCACGCCCAGGGUCAGGAGUGGGCGCUUGACCAAAUUUUUGGUAAGACGAUUAAGGGAACUUGCCCAUUGACUGACCCAGCGGUCCCUCCUCUCUGUAUCCAAGUCCCGCAUACCAGGGAUAUCUAUAUAACCGCUGGUGCAAGCGAGAUCAAAGAUGCAAACAGACCCUCCCGAUGCUACCAAGUUCCCCUGGAAUCUGACUUCUCUAUGAUCCUUCCCCAUAUGUCACGGGAAGGUGAACAUCCUAAAACGGAUGCUGAUGAGAUUGUCGAGCCCGAAACUCCGCUUCUAUAUGCGGAGCGUAGCUUUACGGGUCAUGGGUAUGAGCGAGGCGGAGUAAGGACUAUCCUUACUAACCCGAGCCCAGAUACCGAGGUUGAAUUCUUUUACAUGGAGAGUCUUCCUUGGUUCAUGAAGAUCUACCUUCAUACCCUUACGGCCCACGUCAACGGUGUACCCGGAUCCAAGAACGAUAUUAUCGAGGAGAUUUAUUACCGGCCAGCCCUAGACCGCGUCCGUGGAACGCAACUUGAACUACGAAUGCGUAUUCCACCUGCCAGUACAGUUACUCUUACUUACGAUUUUGAAAAAUCUAUCUUACGCUACACCGAAUAUCCACCAGAUGCGAACCGCGGCUUCGAUGUCGCGGCAGCCAUCAUAACUAUAUUGCCCUCCACAUUCCCAGAUGCUCCGUUAGCGCGCCAAAAGGUGUCGAAUCUACGUACCACAUCUCUUCUUCUCAGUCUGCCAACACCAGACUUCAGUAUGCCGUACAACGUGAUCAUAUUCACUAGCACAGUCAUCGCGCUUGCGUUCGGUGGCCUGUAUAAUAUAUUAAUCCGAAGAUUCGUGGGAGCUGACGAAAUCACCGAAAGUAAUGUUGGUAGCCUAAAGAACAAUAUCAUCGCAGCUGUUGCGAAACUAAUAGGAAACUUAAAAGGGGCGAAAGGAAAGGUAGACUAAAUGGAGGUUAGCUAUAGCCGUAAGAAGGCAUUGAAAUAGACCUAGAAAAUUAUUCCCACCAUUGGUCAGUGUGUCUAACGACUCGUAACUCCUGUCUUCGUAGUUAGGUACCCUAGCUUAGGUAGGUAUCAGUCUUACUGAUGAGGGUCUAGAACAAGACACUACGAUACCGUAUAACGCUUUGAUCCGAUGGACAAGUCAUAAUUGUUUUAUGUACACUUUGAAGGAGUGAGGGAUUGAACAAACAAUGAGUAAUCU